GUCUGUCCUCAGGCGGCUAACGUGUGCAGCAGGAUGCGUCCUUACGCGAGAAUCAUCAUCAUGGAUCCCAGCAACAAUGCCUGGCAUAGAGAUUACACCAUUGCCGCGAUUUGCAAGUGGUUCCCUGACACGAUACAUCUGCCGUUUCAAGCACACGACAUAAGCUUUAUUUCAGAAUCGAAAAACUUCAAGAGCCAUCGAUCGAUUAAACGAAAGAAGGAAAACAAAAAUUUAUUUUGCGUUGCAAACAAAAAUGAUUUUUUAUCAGAUUAUGAAAAGCCGACAACAGAACUAAUAAAGGAAUGUAGAAACGCUAAAAUAUUUUCAAGUACAGAGGCACGUUGUAGAACAACAGGAAAGUCGGCUAAUUGGGUAACCGAUUGGGUUAAAUCAAAAUUACUGCACGAGAUCUGUAAUCAUAGCCGAGGAUACGUCAGCUGGUUUUUUAUUAAAGCAUUCGCUGUAAAUAAUGUCUCGAUAAACUUGAUAAAUAAUCACCUCCUGAAGAAAAAAAAUAUAAUAGAUAAUAAAAAUACAAAAAGCUAUUUUUCUAUAAAAUGUAAAAAUAACGACAUACUAGUCGCACUCAAUCGUAAUAGCAAGGCAAUCACAGGCGAUACAUUAAAUACUGUUGAAGAGGAAAAUUGGAUUCAACGAAUAUCCUGCAAAAUCAAAUCCAUACUCCCAGAUUUGCAUGCUAAAAUCCGAUCGCGCUCGACAACCGUAUUGAAUUUGUAUUACUCGGAGAAUAUUUUUGCAGUGAACGAAUCGAUUCCAAUUUCCGAAGUAAUUUCCAAUAGAAUUUUCUUUGCAUCAAAGGAUUGCGAUUCAAAGUCUAGCAUUCGGAGAAAGAUAGAGGAAUUUUGCAUACAGCGAAAAAAAUCUUUUCGGAAGAAGGCAGACAAAGAUGACAUUUGCAAGAAAAGGGAGAGAUCUUGUAAAACGGCGGAGAAAAAAUGCCAGAAGAAGGAAAAGACGUGCGGAAAAAAAGAAAUAGAUUGUUCUAAGAGACGAAAACAGACAUGCGAGGAGCAAAGGAAGGUUUCUUGUAAAAAAAGAAAAGGUCUUGAUAAAGAUGUCCGCGAUUGUCGUAAAACUCGGGAAAUGAAGCCUCAAGAAGAGCCAAGCAAAGAAUAUAAAGAUUGUGAUACCAGUAAAACAAAAGAAGAUUUUUGCCAAAGACAGCGUCGUGUGGAACAAACACAAACUUCUUGCGCCAAAAGUGCAACUAUUAAGCAAACAGAAAAGGAUAUAUGUAAAAAAUCGGAAGAAGACGAAUAUCAAAGGUCAUAUGACGAGAAUGAUAAAUGCACAAAAGAGAAGAAACGCAGAAAGGAGGAAGAUGAGAAAGCAUCGUGUAAACAGAAACAGAAAGAAACAUGUCAAGAGAAAAAGAAAACGGAUUACUUAUUCGAAAGCGGGAAAUCGAUCGAACUUGGUAAGAUACGAGCCAACAGAGAUCCUUUAUCGAUCAUUUCUUCACAUCAACAAAUUAUGGGAAUCGAUUUCAUCAACGAUUUCCAGCAAGAUCUCAAUUCAACAGUUGACCGUCACUUUUCUUCUCCACACGAGCACUUUGACAGCAAUUUUCGCCGUUGCGACGAUCGUCAGUUUGACGAAUCAAAACCAUUGUACGAUAAACAACUCCAUGACGAUUAUUUCCCUCAAGGCGAUGAGUACGAAGAAGAAAUCGGUACGGGCGACCAUCAACUAGGUAAAAAAAGUAAAAAACCGCCACGCUCCGACGAUGAGUACGACAACUUCAAGCCGAUAAUAUUGAUGUUCGAAAAUGACAAAUGCGUUAGCGGAGGUCCAUUAACGAAGCUUAUCACACACGUACAUUUUCCAAAUACCGGAUUGAUAGAGACCGUGCAAACGAUACUGAUGUCGAAAAGAAUUUCCGAUCAGGAGGCUGUCGAAAAAUUGCAGAUUCUCAUCGAUAAAGUAACGGAAUUCAAACGCCGAGCUUUUCGCGACAAAAGUAAUGCGGCAAAGUCCCGAGGUCAAAGCGACGAAAGGAAGGAGAAGAAGAUCGGCAAGAAGAAUAACGGCGCAGAAACAACGAAUCGAUCCGGUUUGACAAAUCAAAAGCAGGAUUAUAGCUUCGUCUAA